AGUAAAAUAUAUCAUCAUUCAUGUUCAGGGUAUUGUCAUUUAUAUAUUUUAACUGAAAAAUACCCCUUGAUUGAUAUGUUGCCAUGGCAACCGAAAUGUUGAUAGAAUCAUCAUAUUACAUUUCAUUCUUUAACUGCCAUAGGUUGUUCUACCAAAAUUCACAGGAAUCAAGCACAUUACAGAUGGGGCCAUUUUUUACCUUUCGUGAACCAAGCCCUUUAUUAAGUCUUCAACAUAGUCACUUAAAGGUAAUUAUUGUUCAUUUUUUGGGUUCAUAGAUUCAAAUAAUUAUUAUUCACUUUAUUCUUUAGAAGAAAUUUCAUUUUUACUUAAUAAUAAAUUUAAUAAUCAGAUUUUUCCAUUGAACUUCAUGUAGAUUAUUCUAAGCCACAAUCUUAUCUUCUGUGUGGAUAGUGAAUAAGCCUUUAUGGAUUUAAAGAAAAAUUGAUUUAGAUCAUGUGAAGGAAGGUGAUGUUCUGUUGACAUAGAUGGAAGAAGCAAUGAUAUAAGUGGAAGGUGCUGAAUGUGUUUUGGUAUUUGAUUAUUAGAGCUUAAGGCAGUUUAUUGAUUUUAUUGGAUGGUGCACUGUUUGUUGUUUAUGUAUCUAUACUAAAAGUUAUUUCAGUGUGCAAACAAUUUAACAAAGUUUUGUCAGUGUGCAGGCAAUUGAACAAAGUCCUGUGUGUGUGUGCAGGCAAUUGAACAAAGUCCUGUCAGUGUGCAGGCAACUGAAAAAAGUCCUGUCAGUGUGCAGGUAUGAGAAUCAAAUUCUGUCAGUGUGCAGUCAAUCAUCAAUGUCCAGUCAGUGUGCAGGCAACUGAACGAAAUCCUGUCAGUGUGCAGUCAAUCAUCAAGUCCUGUCAGUGUGCAGGCAACUGUGACAAGUCCUGUCAUUGAUUAUCCAGGCAACAUGUUUGACCAAACCAAAAUGAACAGAGAAAGUGAGUUGGCGAGGCAGUUGCAAGAAUGGACGACACAAGAAAUGCACUUCAAUUUACAGUCAUCCCACUCAGCAGCAUUAGAUCCUGAGAAGUUAAAAGUGCUGUGUAAAGGGCCUGGAGCUGCAAUCUGGCAAUGGGUGACACAGCAUGUCAAGUCUACAGAUAAGAGCAAGACAUCUGCUCCCAGUUACAAAGUGAACUAUGAUGUGGGAGGGGAACAGUUUGAGAACACCAAACAAGCCUUACUUGAGCGAAGAGCUGCUCUCACAGGGGAGAUAACUACAACAUUGAGAGAUGUCGGCCAUUUUGAGCAUGAGGUGGAGAGAAUCACAGCAGAGGUUGCUGCGACAGGUUCAAGUAUGAUGGUGGAGAAGUGAGGGAUCUGGCCAGACAGCCCUCCAUGUAAAAGAGUCUAUAUCAGUUUU